AUGUCUUUGAAGCGACUAGUUUUACCUGUUGAGCAGCAGCUGGGGCUGGUGUGCUUCCGGCUGCGCGGCUCCGACCAGCUCAACCAGAAGCUGCUGGGCAACAUCAACGCGUCGGGCCGCCUGCACAUGGUGCCCGCCUCCGUCAACGACAAGUACGUGAUCCGCUUCUGCGCCGUGGCGCAGGACGCCUCCGACGCCGACGUGGGAUCUUGGCUUCUGAAGCUUUCCUUCAAUCCGUCCAGUCACUCCCUUCCAGCCUCGUACGUAGCGUACGAAGCCCUUCCAGCGACGUACGUACUAAGAGGUCUAGGUCCGUUGCAAAGGCGGCAAAUAUUGCGCACUGCUUUGACGUGGAAAUGUUCAUCUCGAAGGCGUAUGUUCGUCCAUGAGGGCGCACGCGGGUUGGUGUUUUCGGAGGGCGGGGCGCGCGGAGUGGGACUGGGCAGCGUGGAGUUCACGCGUGCUCGCGAGCGUUGGUUAGAGCCGGUCGGCGAAUUGGAGGCGGCGCCACAAAGGCUGGGUCACGCCACGGGAUGUCAGAUCCGCCGAGCUGGCGGCAGGGCUGGUGGCGGUGGCGGUGGAGUAGGCGGUUGCGCCAACGAAGAUGGAAGCGGAGACAGACAAAGCGCCUCCAACGUCGUCACCGCCACCGCCGCCGCCCCGCCACCAGUGUCAAAAGCGUAG